AUGCGUGCUGCCUGCGCGAGCGCGUUGCUCGGCACUCUCGCCUUCGGGCGAGAUGAGCCCGUCAACUACAUGAUGAAGUGGAAGGCGUACAAGGCGGAGUACGGCAAGGUGUACAACGAGGAGGAGGAGUCCGUCCGCUACGAGAUCUUCAAGACCAACGUCGACAUCAUCUACCAGGAGAAUAGCAAGGGCCACACCUACGAGCUGGGCGUGAACGUGUACGCGGACAUGUCCGCGGACGAGUUCUCCGCGGUGUACAUGAACGGGUGGAAGAAGCCGAACAACACCUGGGGCGAGCUGCCCCACCUCGGCACGCACGCCUACAGCGGCGCCCCGCUGGCGGAGUCCGUGGACUGGACGCAGAGCGGGGCCGUGACCGAGGUGAAGAACCAGGGACAGUGUGGCUCGUGUUGGGCGUUCUCAACCACCGGAUCCAUCGAGGGCGCCUGGAAGAUCGCAGAAGGCAAGCUGGUCUCCCUCAGCGAGCAGCAGCUGGUCGACUGCGACAAGGGCGACUCUGGCUGCGGUGGGGGGCUCAUGGACCGCGGAUUCGCGUAUGCGGAGAAGAACAGCAUGUGCACCGAGGACAGCUACGAGUACAAGGGCCGGAAGGGCACGUGCGAGGCGAGCUCCUGCACGGUUGGCGUCCCCAAGGGCGCCGUGAUGGGCUUCAAGGACGUCCAGACGGACAGCGAGGAGGCGCUGAUGGAGGCCGUCUCGAAACAGCCCGUGUCGGUGGCGAUCGAGGCGGACAAGUCGGCCUUCCAGCUCUACCAGAGCGGCGUGCUCAAGGGCACCUGCGGCUCCAACCUCGACCACGGCGUGCUGGCCGUGGGCUACGGCACAGACGAGAAUGGCGUCGACUACUGGAAGGUGAAGAACAGUUGGGGCCCGCAGUGGGGCAUGGAGGGCUACGUGCUGAUGCUGCGUGGCAAGGCGGGCGCAGGCGAGUGCGGCAUCCUGAGCGGGCCGCCCUCCUUCCCGGUGGUGAAGGGCGGGGUGCCCCCUGCGCCGGCGCCCCCGGGCCCAGCGCCGCCCGCGCCGCCCGCCCCGCCCGCGCCAGGCGGCGUGCACUACGACAAGCCGCCGUGCCUGCCGGACGAGGUGGAGGCCAGCGUGCAGGGCGCGGGCGGGGACCUCUGCGCACCGCCCUGCGACGGCAUGGCGUGCCCGACGGACGUGCCCGCGGGCACGAAGGCCAGCCCCAAGUGCAUCCUGCAGGACUCGGGCUCUGGCAAGAUGUACUGCGCGCUCACCUGCUUCUUGUCCAGCAGCUGCCCGUCCGGCGCCACCUGCGCGCACCUGGGCAUCACGGGCAUCUGCGUGUUCCCGUCAAGCAGUUCGCAGCCCACCGCCAAGGUCUUGAAGAAGGUCGAAGAGGAGGAGGCAUCUACCCAGUCUGCCGCGCAGCUCGUCGUGUGA